AUGAACUCACCAAACCAAACAAAGGAAGAAGGUGAACUCCUUUUGAAUAAGAAGCGAAAUCGAGAAAUCAUUGAUGAAAAUGAGAAGAAGAGUAUUACUAGUGGUGAAGGAACAAAUGGAAAGUAUCUAGAUUCUGACCAUGAAAUGCAUCUAUCAAUUGAGAGAGAAAGGAGGAAGAAAAUGAAUGACAUGUAUUCUAGUCUUCAAGCUUUGCUUCCACCACGUCCUUCUAAGGCGGAUAAAUCAACCAUUGUGGAUGAAGCAGUGAACUACAUAAAAGAUUUAGAGCAAACCCGCGAAAAGCUUGAGAAACAGAAACAAGAAAAGUCACAAUCUGCGUCUGCUCUCAAACAAAUUAUGGCAACUUCUAGUUCAAACGCGCUUCCUGUCCCUGAGAAGCAGCAAGUAGCUUUCGAUAGAACAUGGGCCGCUUCGAAUAUGGUCAUGAACAUUUCUGGAGAUGAGGCCCAAAUCUCCAUCUGCACGGCCCAUAAGCCUGGCCUCAUGACCCACAUCGCUUCUGUGCUGGAGAAUCACAACAUUGAUGUCAUAUCUGCUACUAUCUCUGCCAAUGGUAAUGGAAAAACAUCCAUGAUCCAAGUUCAUGGAAAACAAGCUUCGGGUGCAAAUUCAGUGGAGGAAACUUACAAGCAAGUGGCUGAAGAGAUUAUGCCAUGGAUCGCUUAA